AUGCAUUCGGAGAUUGAGGCUCAAGCAGCAUCUCGCUACUAUGGCUGGCAAUGGCAGCGAUUUCUACUGUUCACCCGACAACAAACGGUACAUGUAUCGCAACAAUGGAUGCAAGCUCCAGACAAUAUGCAGAACGAGAUUAUUGAACGUGUGAACGCGGCAUUGGCGUAUGAGAAGAUUCCUAAGGUCCCAGACGGGGUCAUCCAUUGGCGUAUGGAGACACUGCUAAACCGCCGUACUCGUACAAGCUAUAAUGAAAGUGGAUACGGUAGAGACCAAGAGGAGGAUCAAACCACGGCCAGCAGUUAA